AUGAAUGCUUCCAUUUCCCUAACCAUUCCUAUUUUAACUGGUUUUACAGUCGCUUUGCUAAGAGAUGCUGGUUUUUUUGUUUCUGUCAACUCAAAUAUGGAAGAAGAAUCAUUUUAUGGUAAAAAUGCUGGUUGCUCUUUCAUUUAUGGCUAAUGUGAUGACAAUAAUAGGGAAUUCUGUACUGUCGGAUCUUUCGAAAAAAAAUGUGACUGCUAUUAUCAUGGUACUGGAUAAUGUAAUUUCUCUUAAUUCUUAGACAAUUAAUGCAACACUUAUCGAACAAUUAGUAACGCUAAAUGUUAUGAUUAAUCAAACAACUUUUAGAAUAAUCCAAAUUAUAAACGUAUUUUUGGAGUUACUUUUGGAUUAAACUCUAAGUGCUUUAACAGCUCACUUAUAGAUGAAAAAUAUAGACCUAUCAACGAAUAAGGUUUAUGCUAUACCUAUACUUGUACUUCUGCCAACUAGGUAAUUGUUCAUGUUGGAGGAACUAAAGUUACCUGUUCUAAUAAUGGCCAAUAAUUGAAGGUUCCAGGUUACAGUGGUUAUCUUACUUGCCCUGAAAAGCUAGAUGAAUUUUGUGCUUACAAGAAACUAUGUCCAAACAAUUGUAAUUCAAAUGGUUAUUGCAAUAAUGGAACUUGUAUUUGCAUGAAAGGCUUCAGAGGAGUUUAGUGCAACUAAGUUGCUUGA